UAAACAGAAGAAGCAGACUAUAGUGCCUUUGGUACAGACACACUAAUAAAAAAGAAGAGUGUUUUAACCAACGUGUUGCGUCCUGACAACCAUAGGAAGAAGCCACAUAUAGUCAUUAGUAUGCCCCAAGACUUCAGACCUGUGUCUUCUAUUAUAGACGUGGACAUUCUCCCAGAAACGCAUCGUAGGGUUCGUCUUUACAAAUACGGCACUGAGAAACCCCUAGGAUUCUACAUCCGGGAUGGCUCCAGUGUCAGAGUGACACCACAUGGCUUAGAGAAGGUCCCAGGGAUCUUUAUAUCGAGGCUUGUCCCAGGAGGUCUGGCUCAAAGCACAGGACUAUUGGCUGUUAAUGAUGAAGUUUUGGAAGUUAAUGGCAUAGAAGUUUCAGGGAAGAGUCUCGAUCAAGUAACAGACAUGAUGAUUGCCAACAGCCGCAACCUCAUCAUAACAGUGAGACCAGCAAACCAGAGGAAUAAUGUUGUUAGGAACAGUCGGACUUCUGGCAGCUCCAGCCAGUCUACUGAUAAUAGCCUUCUUGGCUAUCCACCGCAGAUCGAACCAAGCUUCGAGCCAGAGGAUGAAGACAGUGAUGAAGAUGACAUUAUUAUUGAAGACAAUGGAGUGCCACAGCAGAUUCCAAAAGCUGUUGCAAAUACCGAGAGCCUGGAAUCCUUAACACAAAUAGAACUCAGUUUCGAGUCUGGACAGAAUGGUUUUAUUCCCUCUAAUGAAGUGAGCUUAGCACCCGUAGCAAGUGGCACAAACACAGAAUUUGAUACACAUGCUCCAGAUCAAAAACUCUUAGAAGAAGAUGGAACAAUCAUAACAUUAUGAAACCAUUGUUUGAAUGUUUCUGAGUGAGGAUGCCAUGGGGACUUGUACAUUUGGCUAGUUUAAAGCAUA